CUCGAGAGUCCGGGGGCGGGGGGUCCACGCGGGUUCCGCUGACACUUUCUCCUCCAGGGGAUGAACAAUCAGUACGUGCGCCGGGAGGUCUUCUGCCGGAACACCUGUCACGAGCUCAAGCGCUUCUGGGAGAGGGAGAUCGGCAAGCAGACCUACUACCGCGAGUCGGAGGAGCACCGCCUGGGGCGAAGCGCGCUGCGGAAGCUCAGAGAAGAAUGGAAGCAGAGGCUGGAAACCAAGCUGAGGCUGCGGAACAAUCAAGACGAGACGGAAAAGCAGGCGAACGUUGGCCGCGAGCUCCUGGCUUCGCUGACACCGGAGGGCGCCAAGCCCUGAGCCCGCGCUGCGGGAAGCAGGCAGCCCGCAGGCAUAGCACGCACGGCCGAGUCCCUCCGCGGCGCCGCACAGAUCUCAUGCCCCUGUCUCCCCCGCCUGGGAGGGGUGUGCCUGCAGCCGCUUCCCCAGUGCUCGGUGGAAUUGUCAGCCAAAUUAGUCCUCUCUGCCUGUCUCCAAAGAUGAGCUUGUGCAAUGCCGAAGCUCCGUGUCUAGUAUUGAAAUCCAAAUAUUUUCACUUCUAAGCGCACCAGGGGGAGGAGCUUCGUGGCCACACCUGAGGCAUUGCACAGGAGUGCUGCUCCACGUUUUCGUCCUAGGAAACAGUUUCCUGUCAUCCUUUCUCUUGCUUCCUUUUUAUGAGAAGAAAAAUGCAUCUGUCUGCAGAAAUAAAAAUGCUGUAAAUAGUCGUCACAAUAAGGUUUGCAAACCAAUCGAUCUAAUGCCAGUUUUUCUUCAUAUGAAAUUCAUUUGGGCUUAUUCAAAAACGUGAUUCUCUAGACCUAUUCAAUAAGAUCAGGGUAAUUUUAAUAAAACUCGGUUGCCUGAUGCUCCCCAGUGUGUGUUU